AUGCAAGCCAUGAGUAGAACAGCAGUUCGUUUUUUCGUAUUUAUUCUUCUUAGUUGUUUAGUUAUUCAAGUGAAUUCUCAACCAUGUCAUGAAAUGUCUCAAUAUAGUCAAUGUUCGACAAAUAGUGCAUGUGGAUGCCUUUAUAGUGCAAGUUCUAAUAAUAUUGCUAUUUGUGGUUUUCUUUGGGUGACUUGUUCUGAACUUGUUUCCUGUGAAUCUUUAAAAAAUACUUGUUAUGAGCCUAAUCAUACUUGUAUUCAUCAUCCACGAUGCCAUAAUCUUCCACUUUGUUAUCCAUUAUUAAUGAGUAAUCAACAAAUGUGUCCACAAACUACAAAGGUAACUACAAUGACAACAACGUCAAUACGAACAACAACAACAAAGAAACCUAUUCAACAAGGUAAGAUUAAAACUGAAUAA